UUCGCGCUAAUCAAAAGCACAAGCUGCCGGACCUCGCUUGCUAAAUUAACCAACCAUAAAUCUUUAGCAUCUCUCCACGCUGCCUGUAUCAACUGAUCCUUCUAAUUCAUCAAAAAAAAACAGCAGAAUGCCCAAAUCAAGGGAAGUGGUGUCGUCCACAUCUGGCAGUGACUCUGACAGUGAGGUGGAGAAGACCAAGGCCAAGAGAAAGAAGUCCAGUGCUCCACCAGAGAAGCCGGAGGCCAAGAAACCGAAGCUGAGUGGAGAGGGCUCUAGACCUGGCGCAGGAGGGUCCUCUAAGGCUGCAGACAGCAAAACGGAGAAUGGCAUGUUUCAGAUUGGGAGAAUGCGAUACGUCAGCGUGAGGGAGUUCAAAGGGAAGUGUUUAGUUGACGUCCGAGAGUACUGGAUGAACCAGGACGGUGAAAUGAAGCCCGGCAAAAAAGGCAUCUCCUUAAACCCGGAGCAGUGGACCCAGCUGAAGGACCAGAUGUCAGCGAUCGACGACGCCAUCAAGAGAACAUGAUGACCGUUCCCGGGGUGCUGACAGUCCAGCUUGUCUAUCUAGUGAUCUUGGAUGUCGCCACUGACGUUUAGAAUGAGUCCCACAUGGAACCCUAUUCCCUAUAUAGUGCACUACUUUAGACCAGAGCCCUAUUCCCUAUAUAGUGUACUACUUUAGACCAAGGCCCUAUAGGGAAUA